AUGCUGUCUGCUGACGACUGUUGGACCAACUACCGUCUGGUUGUCACGCGGAUAAGAUGGACUCUGAAGAAGAAGACAAUCCCCUCAAGAUCAAAUCCACCUUCCCGGAGGAAGUACGACACCACUGCCAUCCGAUACCUCCAGAAGAUCUGGGAGAAGAAACAGAUUCCUCAAGAUCUCAAAGAUACAGUCAUUGUCACCAUCUUCAAGAAAGGGGAUAGGAGUCUUUGUGGUAACUAUCGUGGCAUCUCUCUGCUUUCAAUCGCAGGCAAGAUCAUCGCACGAUUCUUGUUACGUCUCCAAGCAGUAACUGAGUCAGUCUUUCCUGAGUCACAGUGUGGUUUCAGAAGGUCAAGCGGUACCAUCGACAUGAUCUUUUGUGCACGUCAGAUCCAGGAGAAGAGCCAGGAGCAGCAGACACCUGUCUUUUUUAUCUUCUACGACUUGGAAAACGCUUUCGACAGUGUCUCAAGAGAGGUCAUGUGGGAUAUCUUGCAUCGUUACGGUUGUCCUGGAGGAUUCCUCUCACUGAUCAAGGGUUUCCAUGAUGACAUGUGGGGAAGAGUCCUUUAUCAUUUCUGA